UAGUUUGAAGACCGUUACACUCAGUGGCGCACGUACGCUGUAUAAGUUUGUGCUUUCGAUUCAACAUUCAUCUUAAAGAAACCAUUUCGUGCUAGUGUAUUUUGUUUUUCAAAAAUGGAAAAGUGUUGGAGGUUUUUCAUUUUUAUGCUCGUUGUGGGUUUAUCUAUGGUUAUUACCACAGAAUCUACGGUUCCACAACCACGUGCACCAAAUUUCCAAUAUUUCGAAAGGCCUAAAUACCGGUAUCCGUAUUAUGAUGAAAAUGGCAAAGGAAAGCUACUAUACGGCUAUGGAGGUCCAGAAUUAUAUCAAUAUAAAUCAUAUUCGCCACUUGAAGGCAUUCACUAAAAUGUAUGUAUUAUAUUCAAACAAUGCAACGUGUAUAUCAUAAAAGGACAUAAAAUUAUAAGUAACCCAAUUUGGAGAAUAUUACCUAAUACUUCAUUUAAAUUCGGAAUUUUCAAUACUGUUCAACAAUUAUUGAACAGCUUUAUGUAAGGUUCUGUAUCAAGUAAUGUUAUGUUUUAACUAAGUAUUAAAAAUAAAUCAAUAAACUCAAAGCAAA